CACGGGAGUACGGGACACGGCUGCUUGCCUGCGCCCCUUGGUCCUUUCCCCGCUUGCCUUUGCCUUUUUCGGGUGGGCUCCUCCCCUCCACCCCCCUCUCUCUCUCUCUCUCUCUCAUGGCCCGCCCCAGGAAGGCGAAACCGCCGCCGCCGCCGCCUAGGGCGGCGGCGCCGUCCAUCGCCGAGGCGCUGCUGAUGGCCACGAUCUGCAUGGUGGGUCUGCCCGUGGAGGUGCGGGUCCGCGACGGAUCCACCUACUCCGGCGUCCUCCACACCGCCUGCGUCGAUGCCGGUUACGGUGUCGUGCUAAAGAAAGCAAAGAAGAUUGCAAACGGAAAGGGAGAUGCGAAUCUGUCGCUGGGAUCGUUUGUGGACACUCUUGUUGUUCAUCCAGAUGACCUUGUUCAAGUGAUUGCUAAGGGCCUUUCACUCCCCGUUAAAGGUGUUUGUAAACCUCUUGACUCCAACGUGGUGGCUUCCAAUGGGUCCUUGAAGCGUCAAAAUUCACAUGCAAAUGACCCCAAAAUGUCUAAACCUGAAAAUAUAUCUCCACUUAUGCAAACUGAGAAAUGCACCUCUGUGGGCCAGGGGAAAAAUACUUCUGUUAAGAAAAAUGGUCAAAAUAGUGGUAGCGCUACAAGUUUAAGUUCUUCUACCGGACUUAUGGGGCCAUGUUUCUCCAUGAAUGGGGUUUCUGGAUCAGCAACUAUGGUGCCUAAAGUUGAUGCUGCUACAAGUUCAGCUAUAGCUGCGCCCUUGGUAGCUUCAGAUGUUAAACCCUCUCAGCCGGUCAGUAAUUCAGCUACCAAGAUGAUUAUGUCAAGCAAAUCCACUGCUAAGGAAUUUAAACUCAAUCCUUGUGCAAGGGUUUUCUCUCCAUCUUUUGCAAGUUCUAGGCAAGUACUUGCAGCUAUGGCCCCUGUUGACACAUACUACAUUUCACACUCUGCCCCUGAAGUACCAAUGGGCGUACCUGUAUAUGAGUCAAAGUCUGUGCCUGGCGUUUCACCUCUAACCAACAAGGUUCAUUGUAGUAACCUGUCUCCUGCAAACUAUGCCAUUUCACCUCAAUAUGUUCAGUCAAUCGUGGGGCAUAAUACAUCCAGACUAGACCCAGCUAGAGUAGGCACACCAUACCAUCCCAUGCAGGUGGGGGCAACCUACACUACCCCUAGUCCUCAGCCUGCAAUGACUGGGAAGUUCAGUCCUGUUGUUUAUGUUCACCCAGUUCCUCAGGAUCCAUUGCAUGGAACACCCUCUGGUUUUCAAGGAUGGCCUCGCCCUGUGCUUUUGAAUUCAUAUCAAGCUAGCAUGCAGAAGUUCCAAGGCAACACCCCGGUGUAUUUGGCCCCUCCAAUCAUGGCAACUGGGAACCUGCCAUUGGUGGUACCAAGCCCUGCACCACUUGUGCAGCCGUUCCAGGCCAUUCAUCCCAUCAUGGUUCCUGCUGCAAGCAGCGUGGUCCCAGGAAAAUACAUGUGAACUUGUCAUACCAAUGACAAUCUCCUUCUGUUGGAAGAGUCCUGGCUUUCCAGUUACCCCUUUGGUUUGGGGUAUACGUCUGAAAGGACUCCGCGAUUUUGCCUGGUCUGUUGAUUCACUUGUCAGUUGCUGGUCUGUGUCCGUAUUUUAGUUGGAAGGGCUUUGCAACUUCGUCAUUCUUCAUGCUCUGUGUGGGUUUUCGAAAUAUUCUUUUUAGAGGGGGGAGGCAUGGUGCAGUAAAAUGAAAUAGAGAGAAAUUGCAGCAAUUCUUUGUUAUCUUAGCAACACCUUUUCUUCUUCCGAGAGCACUAUGUACAAGGUGACAUUAUAAAAGAUUAAGAUAGUGAAGGCCUUAUUUUCGCGAGGCUAAUGU